GCGCAGUCGAUCCCCAGAGUGGAUAUAAAAGUAGCGCACCGUGAAGCCAAGUCCACUCCACAAUUAGGCUUCAGGAUGGAACCGAAGACAAGUCUCGUCGCUCCGUUCGUUCUGUGUCUGCUACUCGUUUGUCAUCCAGCAUCAGCGUGCCGUGAUACUGAAUACACCUGCGACAAUGGAAGUUGCAUCAGCAGUAGUUGGGUGUGUGACGACGACUACGAUUGCCCGGGUAGAGACGACGAGGCAUGUUGCGAAUGUGCGGGUCUGACUUUCGUCUCGAGGUCCGAUUGGAGCGCCAGAUCUCCCAGCAGCACUACGGCGAUGUCAGGGACUCCAGACUACACAGUGGUGCACCACACCGCCACAGGGUCCUGCUCCACUACACAGACCUGUUCUGCAAAUAUGGUGACCUUCCAACGAUAUCACAUGGACACCAACGACUGGGACGACAUUGGAUACAACUUUGUGAUCGGCGGUGAUGGGAAGGUCUAUGUGGGGCGUGGCUGGGGCACCGUGGGGGCGCAUGCUCCAGGGUAUAACUUUAAUUCAGUGGGAAUUGCCAUCAUAGGAAACUACGGAAGCUCUCUGCCGAGUAGUGGGGUGCUGUGUGCUCUCAGACAGUUGAUGGAAUGCGGUGUCGAGCUUGGUAACCUACCUUCCUCGUACAAAAUGAAGGCACACCGUGACGUACGAACAACAGAGUGCCCAGGCGACGCCCUCUAUAAUGAGAUUAAGACCUGGUCCCACUACGAAGCUUAAAGCGAGAGAGAGCGCGUGUCGGUUUUCUAGUCCCAAGCGGAGAGCAUUUUUAAUGACGCAGAGAAUUGUCGUAAUGAUGUAGGCCUAUAUUAAAGUUAGCUUAAUGAUUGACCUUGAAUAUUCCAGGUAUUUUUUGACAAAGGUUAAAAUGGCUUUUACUCAGACUUUUUUUCUUUUCGGCUGUUAAUUAAAUGGAUUAAAUUAAAUUGGAGUUGAAAAGAUGCUACUGAUUUCUAACAACUGAAGCUGUAUUUAGAAAAACAAGUACAACAGCGAAAACAAGUUCGAGUGGUUGUAACUUUUUACAAUUGGAUUUUUAAAAGCAUAUGUAAAUGAUACUGCUAUCUCACCUCCAUAUUUUUUUGCAA